UAUGGCGGACGCAUUGACCGCCGUCGAGACGUCUGCCUUUUUUCAUUACGAAAUAAGAAUUAUCUCGCUGUUAUUUCGUAUUUGUGAGAUAUAAAAGUGACAAUUUGUACCUGUGUAUCCUUUGUGAACAAUUAAUAAUUGGCCAAAGUGUUUCGGUAACCGACAUUCAGCUGUAAAAAUGUCUAAACGAGGAGGAUAUGGUGACGACGAAGACAACCCACCCACACCGUCUGACGAUUCAGAUUUUGAUGAUGAUGAAGAUCCCGACAACUUGGAAGUGCCAGGUGGCGGCAAGACCCUGGCAGCGGCGGCUCGUAUGGGCGACAAGGUCAAAGUCACAUCAGGACCCGCCCCCGUCACAAUCAAACCCACCACUAACCCGCUGGCUGCUGCCUCGGGACUAGCAUUCGGACAGGCUUCAAACGUGAAGCCGAUCAAGAUACAAGCCAGCCAACUGAGCAAGCCAAUCAAUUUGGGCAACUUGGGCAACUUAGCCGGGCUUGGCCGCGGCGGUGGGGCGGCUGGAAUGGCGCCGCCGCCGUCGCCGUUCGCGGCAGGCUCCUCUGCCGCUUUCAACGCCGCUUCGCUGUUGGCGCAGAUGGACAUGGUGAACAUGCCUGGCAUGAACUCGUACCUGCUCCAGAACCUUAACCAGAUCCUGGCGUCCGGCAUGGGAGGCCCGCUGGCCGGCAUGCUGGGCCAGUUCGCACAGCUGCCCACCUGGGGACAGCCCAAGACUGGCAUGUGGCAUGUGGACAAGGCAGAAGAAGAGGAAGUUGACGACGAAGAAAUGGGAGUUGCAGAGACAUAUGCAGACUACAUGCCCUCGAAAUUAAAACUCGGCCGCAAACAUCCCGAUCCGGUGGUAGAAACAGCGUCCCUGUCAUCCGUCGAGCCGGUAGACGUCACCUACAAGACCAGUCUACCCGAUGAGACGAUCAACAGGGGGCUCCUGUCAGCUCUGCAGUUAGAAGCUGUGGUGUACGCGUCGCAAGCACACGAACAUAUGUUACCUGACGGAACACGCGCUGGAUUCCUUAUCGGUGACGGCGCUGGUGUAGGCAAAGGCCGCACCAUAGCGGGAAUAAUCUUUGAGAACUACCUGAAGGGGCGCAAGCGCGCUAUAUGGGUCUCCGUGUCCAAUGAUCUCAAGUACGACGCCGAGCGCGACCUGCGUGACAUCGGCGCCGGCAAGAUUGAAGUGCAUCCUUUGAAUAAGUUCAAGUACGCGAAACUCUCAUCAGCAGUCAACGGUAACGUGAAGAAGGGCGUAGUGUUCAGCACAUACUCGGCUCUCAUAGGAGAGACACAGUCCAGCGCCACAAAGUACAGGACCAGACUCAAGCAGCUACUGCAGUGGUGCGGCGAGGACUUCGAUGGAUGUAUCGUUUUCGACGAGUGUCACAAAGCGAAAAACCUCUGCCCCGUUGGGUCUGGAAAAGCCACUAAGACAGGCUUAACUGCCUUGGAACUGCAGAACAAACUGCCCAAGGCCAGGGUAGUGUAUGCCUCAGCCACAGGAGCAUCGGAGCCUAGGAACAUGGCGUAUAUGGUACGGCUCGGCAUAUGGGGUGAAGGAACGCCUUUUCCCACUUUCAUGGACUUCAUCAAUGCUGUGGAGAAACGAGGCGUGGGCGCGAUGGAGAUCGUGGCGAUGGACAUGAAGCUUCGAGGAAUGUACAUCGCGCGGCAGCUGUCCUUCCACGGCGUCUCCUUCAAGAUUGAGGAGGUGCCCCUCUCUGAGCAGUUCAAGGAGACUUAUGACAAGUCUGUUGCGCUGUGGGUGGAAGCCAUGCAGAGGUUCACAGAAGCUGCGGAACUGAUUGACGCAGAGUCACGCAUGAAAAAGACCAUGUGGGGCCAGUUCUGGUCGGCGCACCAGAGGUUCUUCAAGUACCUAUGUAUUGCCGCGAAGGUAAACCACGCAGUAAUAACGGCGCGGGAGGCGGUGAAGUGCGGCAAGUGCGUCGUGAUCGGUCUGCAGAGCACAGGCGAGGCUCGAACCCUGGAUCAGCUCGAGAGAGAUGACGGAGAGCUGUCUGACUUCGUCUCUACUGCCAAGGGCGUAUUCCAAACCCUAGUGGAGAAACACUUCCCGGCGCCGGACCGCAACCGUAUCAACCGGCUGCUGGGCCUGGAGCCCACCAAAGCUGCCAAGCCCGCUCCGCCCGUGCACAACGGCAGCGUGAAGCAUGAAGACGAGGCCAACACAUCCAAACGCAAGUUGACAGCUCGUCAGCAAGUGAACGCGGCGGCGAAGCGUGCACGCGGCGGGUCGUCGUCGGACGAGUUCGUCCGCGGGUCGGACGACGAGCUGGACUUGGAGUCGGACACCGAGCGCCGCGCCGGCUCCGAGUCCGAGCUGAGCGACUUCAACCCCUUCCACGGCGGCAGCGACAGCGACGACGACCCGUGGGUAGGGCGUCAGAAGAAGAAACCGCUCAAGAAGAAGAAACCAACAGUUCCAAAGAAGAAGGCCUCGAGCACGCAGGACAAGAUCGAGACGAUGUUCGAGCGCAAGAACAGCACCCCCGCGCCUGCCACCGUGACCGUGACGGCGCCCGGGGGGCACAGCCUCACGGGGACACCUGUCGGGACUAACGGACUGUAUUUGGGUCCGGCCCGUAACCAACCACCACCUCGAUCGGCCAUAGAGCGCGCGUGUAGCAUGAAGGAGGAGUUGCUGGCAGCCAUCGAGCGGCUCGGCAAGCGCCUGCCACCCAACACGCUCGACCAGCUCGUCGACGAACUCGGCGGCACCGAGAAUGUCGCUGAGAUGACAGGUCGCAAAGGGCGGGUGGUACAGACGGAAGACGGGCAGAUCCUCUACGAGAGUCGUUCGGAAGCAGACGUGCCGCUGGAGACCCUCAACCUGACGGAGAAGCAGCGGUUCAUGGACGGCGAGAAGGAUGUGGCCAUCAUCUCGGAAGCCGCCUCCAGCGGUAUCUCGCUGCAGAGUGAUAGGAGAGCAAGAAACCAAAGGCGAAGAGUGCACAUAACAUUAGAGCUGCCGUGGUCGGCAGAUAGGGCUAUACAACAAUUUGGACGUACCCACCGAUCGAAUCAAGUGAACGCACCGGAGUACAUAUUCCUGAUAUCGGACCUGGCGGGCGAGAGGCGCUUCGCGUCCACCGUGGCCAAGCGGCUCGAGUCGCUCGGGGCGCUCACGCACGGGGACAGGCGCGCCACGGAGACCCGCGACCUCAGCCAGUUCAAUAUCGACAACAAGUAUGGUCGAACAGCACUAGAAGCAGUGAUGCGCGCCAUAAUGAAGUACGAGUCGCCGCUGGUCCCGCCGCCGCGCGACUACGGCGGAGACUUCUUCCAGGACGUAGCCUCUGCGCUGGUCGGCGUCGGGCUCAUCGUCAAUAGUGAAACUGCGCCCGGGGUGCUCUCGCUAGACAAGGACUACAACAACAUGUCCAAGUUCCUGAACAGGAUACUGGGCAUGCCGGUGGAGCUGCAGAACAGACUGUUCAAGUACUUCACCGACACACUCACCGCCGUCAUGGAGCAAGCCAAGCGCAGCGGGCGCUUCGACCUGGGCAUCCUGGACCUGGGCAGCGCGGGCGAGUCGGUGCGGCGCGUGCGCUGCGUGCGCUUCCUGCGGCGGCACGCCACCGGCCGCGCGCCCGUCGAGCUGCACGCCGUGCACUCCGAGCGCGGCAUGGACUGGACAGAAGCUCUGGAGAAGUGGUCUGAAAUCAGCGGCACCAAGGAGGGUUUCUACCUGUCGCUGCAGGCUCGCAACAACAAGUACACGGCCGUGCUCGCCGUCGCCGUCAAGAUCACCAACAAGAAGGAGAAGCUCUCUAAGAAGGACCACAUGUUCCAGCUGUACAGGCCGAACACAGGACUGCAGCUUCGACUGGAGUCUCUGGCGGAGCUCGAGAAGAAGUACAAGAAAGUGAGCAGCGAGGAGGCGGAGACCUCGUGGCGCGCGCAGUACGCCGCGUCCACGCGCGUCUGCAGCCACGCCUACUGGCGGAACUCGUGUCGUAACCCCGACUGCGAGGUGGGGCUGCGGCGGCGCACGUACCACGUGCUGGCGGGCUCGGUGCUGGCCGUGUGGGCGCGGGUGGAGGCCGUGCUGGCCGCGCGCUCGCAGCUCAACAAGAUGCAGGUCGUGCGCAUCAAGACCGACGACGGGCUCAAGAUCGUGGGUACGAUGAUUCCAAAGAACUGCGUGGAGCCCCUGAAGGAGGCUCUAUCAUCGGACGCGGUGUCAGUCAACGAGCAGACGUUCGAGCAGGCGGACGGCCUCAAGUGAGCGCCGCGGCCGGACCCUGUUACAGUUCCUCUUUUACGUGUAAGGGUUCCAUGAAAGGACUUAAAUUUCGGAAAUAUCCGGUAUAAAUGGAGUGUUCAAUGGUAUUAACUGGUUGUUCGGUGGAGUAACCGGUUGUUCUGUGAAAAUAACCGGUUUUUGUGGGGAAUUAUCCGGUUGAUCGGUAUAGUUAAACGGUUGAUUAUAAUCAACCAAUUCAUCGUUAUAAUUUACAGGUGCAUCAGUAUAAUUAUCCGGUUGUUCAAUUAUACUAAUUGUUCCAUGGUAUGUCCUCUUUCGUGGAAUUAACUGGUUAUUUCUUGAAUUGUCGAUUGUUCGGUGAAGUUUAUACGUUUCUGAUGGGAAAAUGGAAUGCUAUUUUAGGACGUAAAUGUUAUAUGUAUCUUGUAUACGCGGAAUUAAGAGUUUUUUGUGCAUCGUACUUCUAUUUGAAGUUAAUGAUUGUAAAACGGAGUAUUUAUGUAUCAUAAUAAUGUAUUUCAUUUUCCUAACCGGUAGUUCGAUACCUCUUUUAUAUUGGAUAUUGCCGAUACUAAUCUAUAGAUAAGUCGGAUAUUUUUGAACCCAAAGUUAGUUCGGGACCAUGGAUCGAUGUUGGUCCGAUGCGGGGCGUAUACGGAACACGAAAUAUAAAUUUAUCAAAUGAUCUGUUAGAUAUUCGUCACCCGAAUAUUAGAAGGAAAAAUAUUUUUCACCGAUUGUAAAUUAUGUUAUUGAUAAUUACUUCGAUAUUAAUAGAUUAGUGAUCGUCAGAAUGGCCGGUCGCUCGUAUUCUCGUGAAAAGUUGUUUUUGUUCUAAUUUGUUGUUUGAUGUGACCCACAAAAUAUACUUUUAUUAAAACAAAAUAAAUAUAAUAAAGUCUAUUUUGUGCAAUAAGCUAGUUAGUAACAGCACACUACCAAUAAUUAAGAAAGUAUAUACUUUUAAAUACUCUUUCUACCUUCUUGCCAAUGCGUAUUUCUUUAUGUUAUAAACUUUAUUCUAGAAAAAAAUUAUUCUAUAGCUAUAAGAACUUUGAAAAUAAAAUUAAAGUUUUGAUUAGAGAUGUAAAAAAGACUCAAAAACUUGUAAAUUAACAAAGCCAAAGUCUUGCUCUAAUAGAGCAAACAAAAAAUUAAAAAUAUGACAAAAUUUUAGGAUAAUUACAAUAUGCAAAGUUACUAUGUAUCUUAUGGUUAUAUACUGCUUACUCGUAAGCCCGCAGACUAUUUCUAAGUCAUUAAAACAAUACGAUCUUGUACUAAUGGAGGUCAGUAGGACAAACUCAUCUCAAUUGCAAAGGAUUUUUCAAGCAACCCCUAACUUCAUUUUAACUUAAUUUGACAAGACUAAAAUAGCUGUAUCCCUUUCUUGCACUUAUUGUAAGUGGAGGACGGCAGUAGUUUAAGAGCAGUCCAACUAAAAUUAGGUUAAGUUUGUAUGCAGACGGGACAAUGGUUCGUCUGCCACAUGGUAUAAGAAAACCAGGUAUGCUCAAAAGUGACAGCUAACAUUUCAAGGUUAGCCCAGCUGACGUCAUCCCGCCUUGCGUUGCCAUUUCGUAAAAAAAAGAAAUUACCCACGACCAGUGUCAAAAAUAAAAAAAUCAAUGUCAAUUUUAAUUUACUUUCCAAGGAAAUAUUGAACUUAUAGUAAAAGAUUUACUUACAGUUUUAAUAUUUUUAAUGUCUAUGACAAGUGAAUAAAUACUAUUUUCAAUAACAAAAAUCACUACCUAGGAAUGAUGGAGAUACCAAUUUAAUGGUAACACAAUGGUAACACUUACGUCAUCAAAGGGCUGGCAAUGGUCGCUUGUCAAAGGAUUGAGCAUACCUGGUUUUGUUAUAUGGUCUGCCAGAUACGAGACUAAUGUGUUAUUCGGGAUGGGUGGUAGGUCCGUAUACGCCUCGAGGAGUGUAGUAUAGGAAAUGUAUGGCCUUACGACUGCGAGCGAACCGGGUCUCGAACGUAGUCAAUUACGGCGCGCGACUGACUUAUCAUUACUCAUUACGGUGUCACUGCACGACGUUACACGUACGGUCACGAGUACUAAUAUGUAUAAACUAUGAUACCCAUGUCACAUUCACAGUAAGUCUCAUUGAAUGUCAAAUAUGACAGUGCGACAGGAUUCUAAAGUGGAUACAUGUUAUUAGUAGUGUGGAUUGUUGACCUAAUAAACGGCCUAUGAAAAUGUGUAGUCAAAAUUAUAAUUUGGACAAUAAAUAAUCAUAUUGAAAAAUAUAAUAAUCAUUUUUAUUCAUCCAUAACUUUACUGUUUCCGUUAGCGGUGAUUCACACCUAAGAGUUUCAUAACUUCAUAACGAACCUAAUUCACAUUUUGAUCAAUUUUAAAUAAAUAGUCGACCGUUCCGCGAACAUUCACACAUGAGACUCCCCGAUAUUUUGGCAGUACCGUGAUCAUGACACUUGCAACAGUGUUGAUUUUGUGUUUAGUGAUAAUAAGGUAGUUUCUAACUAGUCAAAUCAAUUACUUUUUACUAAACGUCAAAACACGAAAUUACUAUGGAAUUUGUAAAAAAAAUUGUCAAAAUGUCGCAUUUUUUAUUACAUUUUUCUAUAUUAAAAUUCAUUAUUAAGUUAAAUAGAAAAAAAAAAUACGUUUUUUCUCACUUUAAAUCUGUCUUUCUCUGCCUUUGGCGGCUGAAUAAUAACCCUGACACCACGGUUACUGAGGUUGGUAAUCCACCUCACAACCCACACGAUAGAAGAAGAGCUGUCUUUAUUUAGUAAUCGGAAUUUCAUAAUUUAUCUUAUCUUAUACCUAGGAAACUACCCAAUUCUAACCGCGUGAAGCUCAAACUCAAAUAUGGCGUGCGGUGACACCCGUAAGCUCACUUCCGAAUGUUCGUUACAAUAACCCAAACUUAGCUAAGACAUGGUAUUAUUUAUGUAGUGCUAAUGUGUUACUCGCGUUUGUGGUCUAGGAAAAUACGAUCCAGUCUUUUUUAAUUAAUACACAUAAAAACAAGAUGAUUAAUAAAUAGAUUUUAUAUUGUUAGCUAUAUUUUUGCUAAGUUUUCCAGUCGCUAAGAAUAAGCAUAGUUUUCCUAGACUGCGAGAUUAAGAAUAUCUAGAUGUACAGUGGCGGGCCUGGCAAAAUAUUUAGGUGGCGCGGACCUCAAUGUGGCACCCCUCAGCCCCUUAAAAUACAAUUUUUUUUUGACCAGUUUACGUCCAUCGAAAUUUACCUGUUUAAGUCUUUUAAAAAUAUUGUUUACGGCACCAGGUAUGAGUUUUAUGUGGCCGCAAUCUAACCCGAUGAAGGUAGUUUGCGGCCAGGGUGGACCAGUCUUGGUUGAUUUUGACACCUCCCCCCCUCCCCCAUUCCGCCCCCUUCCUCCCCCUUCCUCCCUUAUUUCGGCGCCCGGUGCGGUCGCACCGCUCGCACCGCCUAGGGCCGCCGCUGUAGAUGUAUUUGUAAUGUUCGGAAGGGGCGCCAGGAGCCUGGCAUUGCAUAAGUUUUAAUUUUAUUUAUGUAGUCUACUGAAAGUGAUCUACAUAUGCUAGUGCAUAAGAUGAUUUUAGUUACUUAUCUAAAACUAUUAUUAUUAAAAUUUAUUUGACUUUUUUAACAGCGAUAAACAUUUCAAAUAUAUUUUCACAAUGGCUUGAUUGUACGAGAUUGGGGCGUACACUUUCACUUUUUUUUUUAACGUGUAUCUGUACGUAUUUGGUAUUAGAAUAUUCGUUCGUAAAACCAAGUUGUUGUGAACACGCUCUUGUGUUAUAAGAUGUUGGUUAUUUUAUUUGACGGCAUGACAGAAGGACAGGACCUAUCUUUGUAGGCUAAUGUAUACGAAAUAAUCAAAUUUUAAUAUUGUACAAAUAUCGUAGAUUUUACUGAUUAUUUAAUUAUUAUUAUGUUACUUCUAGUUGAAUUUUGUUAAUCAACCGUAUUCCGCAACGUUUGUUUUAAUAUUGGAAACACUUCACUAAUAUUACUGUAUGUUUAUCGUAUUAACAAAUUUAAGACAAGGAUUGUAUCGAAAAUAAUGUGCAAUAUCAAUUAAAUUCAUCAAAAACGUUAACGAUUUGUAUUGGUAGUUUCAAGCCGUUUAUAGUUAGUCAUACAUACUUUGAUAAUUUCGAAUAGAUCCCGAUGUAUUGAUGUGAUUUAUUUAACUAUAGAGUUACACAUGUUUGUUUAGACGUAAGAUACAAUAGAAAAUGUUAAAAAGUAAAAAAAUAUUGUGGUCGAUGUCAUCGGCGAAUGUUACAGGUACGAGUCACCGAUAUCAUGAUAGGUAUACAAUUAUAAUAAAUUCUAUGUCACACUCACUCCCAUCUCAUCUGUAUCUGUCUUUGAAGUAAAAAGACAUAAAUAAAUGUAUAUAUAUGA